CGCACGAUGUCGUGAGCAUCUGUGCUCGCGAGUCGCGACCACGUCCAGAAAAAAAACUCUUCUCCGGCUAACAACUUGCCGUUUCAGCCACCCUCACCAGUCAGUGUGGACAAAAAUGGUGGCAACCACUCACCGGAGGUGGCUUCCUCUCCCGGUUCGCCGUCUUCCUAGCAGACAACCCAUGAAAACGCCCGUCUGCAUCCUGAUCUCCACACGAAACCGCGCCCGCCUCCCGCGUUGCCACCUCUCCCGUUCGAGUGACCCCACCCCCACCUCGGAGGCACAGGUUACCGACUCCCUGCGCGUCGCCUUCGCGUGCGGCGGCGCGGGGGGGCACGUCUAUGCCGCGUUCGCGCUCGCCGAAGAGGUCCAGGCCUCGCUCCCUGGCUCUCGCUCCCUCUUCCUCGGCGCCCCCGCCCCGUCCCUCGAGUCCGCCACCGCCGCGUCUUCCUCAUACCCAUUCGCCCCCGUCCCUCCUUGCCUCCCCCGCGCGCUCCUCGCCGCGGCGCUGCACCUCUACCACUUCCGCCCCCACGUCCUCGUCGCCACCGGCGGUCCCCCCGCCCUGCCCAGCUGCCUCGCCGCGCUGCUCCUGGGACUCCCUUUCGUGAUCCAGGACCAGGACGCCGGCCCCGCCCCUGCCACCCGCCUCCUGGCCCCCCUCUCUCGCCGCGUCUUUCUCGCGUUCAACGCGCCCGUCCGCCUCCUCCCGAAGCGCAAGUGCGCCGUCUACGGGAACCCCGUCCGCAUGUCCAUCCGCAACCGCAGGAUGUCCAAGGCCGCCGCCAUGGCGCGUUUCUUCCCCAGGGCAGGGCUGGUGGAGGCGGAGGGGAUGGAGGUCGUGCUUGUGCUCGCCGGGACGGUGGGAUCGCCGCAGAUCAAUGUGGCAGUACUUAACAUGUAUUACGAGAUGCUGUCGAGAAGGAAAAAUAGGUACAUCAUAUGGCAGACGGGACCAGAUGAUUUCUGCGAGAUGGAGAGCCUCGUCAGGGCCCAUCGCCGGCUGUUUCUGACACCAUUCUUGCAUGAAAUGGACAUGACAUAUGCUGCUACUGAUGUUGUCGUUUCUCGAGCUGGUUCUGUGGCUUGCACUGAGAUAUUGGUCACUGGGAAACCGGCAAUUCUGAUACCCUUACCGACAAUUGUGGAUGACCAUCAAACGAAAAAUGCGUAUAUCAUGGCAGAUGUCAUGGGAGCAAGGGUCAUAACCGAAGAUGAACUUGAUUCUAGUAGUCUAACAUGCAUAAUUGAUGAAAUUGUUGGUGAUGAGAAAUUGAUGGCAGAAAUGUCUCAGAAGGCACUAAAUGCUGCUCGACCAAAUGCUUCGGCUGAUAUUAUUCGUCACAUCUGUUCACUGAUUGGCCCAACCAACCUGACAUAAAUCUUGUUUUGCACAUUACACGAACUCUUUUUUGCAGUAAUCCAUGCGCUAGUGUUAGUUGCUGGGAUGCUGUGCAGCAGAAUGGCAUCUUAUUCUUGAAGUCGAGACUGAAGAUAUAACUAAUCUACUCCGUAUUUUGGUUCACUUGAACGACAAAGCAUCCAGGUAGGGAAUGGUGCCUCCAGGAGUCCAGGUACUGCUUACUUGGGCUGUCACGUUCAGUAAGUAAUAAAAAGAUUCUAGUGCUACUAUAACUGUUAAAGAAGACCUCCUAACUGAGACCUGAGAGUAUGCAAAUUUACUCUAGUGUGGCAGAAUUGCUGAAUCUAAAACUAACUUGAGACUUCAAAGCAUUGUACACUGCAUCUGCCUUUUUACAAAGGCUUUUCUCCCAUUUCA